UAUAGUGGUUAGUACACAUCGUUGUGGCCGAUGUAACCCAGGUUCGAUUCCUGGGACCGGCAUUUAUUUUUUUCUAAAAAUUUACAAGAUUUGACAAUAUGAAGAACAAGAAAAAAUGAACAUAACUUCAAUUCUUUUUUUAUUACUUAACAAUAUACUUCCAUAACUAACAACAUUCCAAAGUAUCAUGACUGAACAUAGUGCUGAACAUAACACUGCUAAAUAUGAAUAUCCUGCUAUUCCAUCGCAAAAGGAAUUAGAUGAUCAUGAUGUUCCAUUCUACUAUAGAGACAGAUGUGCUGCUCAUUUAAUUAAUUAUUAUAAAUGUCUCGAUAAAGGUAAUUCAUUCUGUAGGCAAACAAAGGAUACCUUUUAUGAAUGCCAAUAUAUUGCUUUAAAGGAAAGACUUGAUAACCAUACCAAACAAACUCAUUAGAUUAAUUAGUGAAUUAUUGCUCUUUUAUAAGUGGCAGCAUUUGAUUCGUCAUGUUUAACAUCGACUUAAUGAUUCACAAAUGUAUUCAAAUAUCAUUAAUUAACUAAGUCCUACCAUAUAACAACCUUCAAACAUGAACAUGUCUCUUAUUCAUGUUUGAACUCAUAUACAUCCAUUUCAUCAUUCUUGUGACUAUCAAAAUCAUUUAUUACUUACAAUAUCACAACAAAACAGCAUUUUUCCCAAUCCUUUUAAAGAAUCUCCAGAUUCGAUUCUACGAUUCAAACUUUUCUAUAUAGUGAUUAUUAAACUAUUCCUAUUCUUAUUAUUUCACAUAUAUUAUUAUUAUUUAGCAUAUAGAUUGGAAUUCGUUCCAUUCACAAAUAGAUCAAUAUCUACGUUUUAGUUUAUUUACAAUAAUGUAGCUGCAAUAGUAAGUGUAA